AACAAAACCAUAGAAACGUUUGGAGAAAUGUUUUUGUAUUUAAUUUAAGAUUUAAUCUGAACUUUAAAUUAACGUUUUAUAUCAUAUGAUAAUUGUUGACCAAUUGAGGUGAUGUCUGCAUCAGAGACUGUAUGCCAUCACAGGUGGUAUUUGCAGCCAAUAUUCAGCUCAUUUUGGUUGCAUUACAAUGAAUGUCAACAAUGGUUGCGAAAAAGUGGUCACAAAUCGGUCCAAUUUGAUGACGACCUCAUGAAGAACGAGUGUCACAACUGUUCCCAACAUGUGAUUGACAAUACAUUUGACAACAAAAGUUACAGCGAUUGUACCGACACUACAGUUAAUUCAUUGCAUCAAAGAUUGGAUUCUUUGGAAACGAUUGACGAAAGCGAGUAUGAGUUGGAGUCAGAGAUCAGACUCGACAGCGAUAACAACGAACAGGAAGUGACGGAUGAAUAUCUUGAGUUUGUUUUGCAAACCAAAAGACAUCAAUUGGAGAGAAAAAGACUUAAAGAGAAGAGACAGUUAUAUAACGAAAGAGUAGAGUAUAUAGAUAUUAGUCGUUUGGAGUCAUUUUCCCGCCGCAGUAUUGCCCCGAAAAAGUCCAAUAAAAAUGUGAAAUCCGGUAAUAAAAUGGACACAAAUGAGGGAACAGACUGUAGAGUGAAAAGUGAUCACGACUUGAAACGAGAGAAAAUGCAUGAACUCUAUGGUGAAGACUAUAAUAUGAUUCAAGGCAUGGAAACGGCUAUUCAAUUGAAUUUUGACCGACUCUGUGAUAUACAUCAACCAAAGUUGUGGCCAAUUAUGCCGAUCCGUAUGAAUAAAAAAACAUGAUUUGUAUUUUA